AUGGUGGCAGCCGCCUCCGCGGACUGGGGACAGCUGCGCCUCUAUGUGCGCAUGGAGGGUCUCUCUCCCUUUGCCCUGAUUGUGGACGAGGAACUGACUCUUGAAGCACUAGAGCAGACCGCACGGCGUUACGUGCGCGAUCGCUACGGACCAAGGGCGGACGCGGAUCAUCUGUUGCUGCGCCUCAUUAAAUUUUCUGGAUCCGAUAAUCUGAUGGACUUUUCUCGCGCGAGGAAACCGCACUCGCCGGUGAAGACGCUCGCCGAUGCGAAGCUGACAGAAUAUACAGCUUCUGAUGCGGGGGACGAUUACGCGUUUGUGAAGGUGCUACCAGCGUACCAUGACUCUAACUCCCCCGAGGCGAUUCGUGCUUCCUUCCGAAUAUUACGUGCCCCAGUUUUGAACGACGGCUUUGCCGCAGGCGUGGAGGGAGGAGGUGCUGCCGCGCUCAUCCCCUCCUCGACGUAUAUGUCGUUUGCAGGCUUUCACCGUCUGGUGCUGAUGAUGACGGACCCGCGUAAUCCUCAGCGGGACUUGUUCGCCCGCGUCGUCCUCUUGACGUAUCGUCAGUUUGUUACCCCGGAGGAGCUUCUGGGGCGAUUGAUUGAACGAUACCAUGUCCCGGCCUUAACGAGGCCGGGUGCCGCUGCUCGAAGUGCCUUGGAGCGUCGGUGCUACCUGGAACUCUGCCGCGAUAUCCAGUCGGCGGUGUUUGGUGUCCUGGAAUUGUGGGUCAAGUGUUACUACGAGGACUUUUCCAGUGACGCGCUGUAUCACCGCCUGCGCAGCUUCGCCAGCGAGAAGAUCGACCAGGCUGGGGCCCCCGCGGCGCUCUUGCGGCGGAUGGCGGAAGGCGACCGAACAGCUCCGUGCGGUCGGGCGCCAGCCAUGCCCUUUGGUGUGCCCCGCCAGGGUGCCACGCCCAUCGCCGUGCUGGCUCAAUACCCGCCACGCGAGAUUGCCGCCCAGCUCACAAUUUUGACGUCCUACGUGCAUCGCCGCCUCACAGGGCCAGAACUGCUUGAACGGCGAUGUGAGACUGGGGGGGCAAGUUUGAUGCCAACUUUUGUUCAGUACCGAGAUUUCUUUGCUCGCGUCACGAACUGGGCGUCGUACGCCGUGGUCGCCGAAAAGGACUUGGCGCGUCGGAGGGAAAAUUUAGCCGCGCUGAUGCUGCUGUGCGAUGAACUCGUCAAACGACGAAACUGGGACAUGCUAGUUGCCGUCUACGGGGGAAUGAAAGCUCCAGCGGUGAAGCGUCUGCGUCACACGUGGGCGUCGCUUCCUAGCGGCACCGUAGAACUCUCCGCUCGGCUGCAAAAACUGCUGGAUUCUGAGACAGGAUACAAAAGCUUGAAAGAAGUCCUGCGAAAAAGUAGUUGUUUGCUGUUUCCAUGCAUCACCAUAUUCCUUCAAGAGUUGAGGGAGCUGGAGGGGAGCAAAUACGCCCAGGAAGGUCUUUUAAAUUUCGAGUGUUGUUUGCGGCAGUAUCGCCUUUUGCAGAUUCUGCUCCAGGGCAAGGAAGUGGCGGUGGAUCACUUGGUGCCCAACGAAGCGUUGAUGGGAGCCUUUGGCCAUUGGCAACCUGUGGAGGCUUCUAUUUUAAUGCAGUUCUCGAACGAGGCGGAGAAGCCGUAG